GCCGCCGCCGCCGCCGCCGCCGCGGCUUCAGCACCAGCGCCCGGACAGCGGCGCCGCCCACGGGCAUGGAUGGUGCUAGCUGCAGCAGUGGCAGCAGCGAUCCGGCGCCCGGCCGGGAUCCGGAAAGGGAGCAGCGGCCCGACGAGGAGCCCGCGGCCCCGGACGGCAGCUCCCCGGACAGGUCCCAGAGCAAAGCUGCGGCCUCCGAGGGGAGCCCAGAGAGAAGCUGCUCCCUCCAAAGCUGCCCCCUGGAGGACCCCUCCAGCUCUUCAGCAGCCCCACCAGCAGCUCCCAACCUCCAGCCUGUGGGCCAGUCCAGCCCCUUGGCCCCUACCCAGUUCUCUUUUCCCCGGGCACCUCAGGAAUACCGGGGAGGCAGUUCCCUUCCGGGGCUUGGGGACCGGGCGGCUCUGUGCACCCAUGGCUCCAGCCUCAGCCCUUCUCCAGCGCCGUCUCAGCGCGAUGGGGCCUGGAAGCCGCCCUCUGCACAGCACCAUGUGGUCAGCGUCAGGCAGGAACGCACCUUCCGGAUGCCAAAGAGCUACUCCCAGCUGAUCGCCGAGUGGCCAGGGGUGGUGCUGUUGCUGUGUCUGACAUUCAUCCUCCUCUGCACACUGGCGGGACUGCUGGCCGGCCAGCUGCCAGACUUUUCCAAGCCCUUGAUGGGUUUUGAGCCUCGGGAUACAGACAUUGGCCGCAAGCUCAUUGUCUGGAGAGCCCUGCAGGCCCUCACAGGCCCUGGGAAGCUGCUGUCCCUUUCUCCAGACUUGAUGCUAAAUAGCUCAGACCUCCACAGCACCCUGAGUCCAACUGCCGGGGGCAGCACUCAGGAGGGCCUGGUCCGGCCUCGGAGGAUGGUGGCACCCCAGGAGGGCAGAGGACAAGACAGUUUCUUCUGUGGCCCCCCUGAGAAGAGCUAUGCACAGCUGGUGUUCAUGUCCACGUCGGCGGGCAGCCUGUGGAACCUGCACGCCAUGCACUCCAUGUGCCGCAUGGAGCAGGAACAGAUCCGCUCUCACGCCCACUUCGGGGCCCUGUGCCAGCGGACAGCAGCCAACCAGUGCUGCCCCAGCUGGUCCCUGGGCAACUACGUGGCCGUGCUCUCCAACCGCUCCUCCUGCUUGGAGACCACCGAAGGCGACGCCGCCCGCACGCUGGCCCUGCUGCGGGCCUGCGCCCUCUACUACCACCGGGGCCUCCUGACGCCCUUGUGCCUGGGGCCCGGGCAGGACAAGCCCCCACGCUGUGCCCAGCUGCCCACCAAGUGCUCCCGGAGUAGCGCCGUCUACCAGCUCCUGCACUUUCUGCUGGACAGGGACUUUCUGAGUCCCCAGACGGCCGACUACCAGGUGCCCUCCCUCCAGUACAGCCUGCUUUUCCUGCCCACCCCCAAGGGGCCCUCCAUGAUGGCCAUCUACCUGGACCGCCUGGCCGCGCCCUGGGAGCUCUCCGACAACUACACGUCCAUCACCGGCAUGGACCUGGGCCUCAAGCAGGAGCUGCUCCGGCAUUACCUGUCCCAGGACACGGUGUACCCCUUGCUGGCCCUGGCGGCCGUCUUCCUCAGCCUGGCGCUCUACCUGCGCUCGCUCUUCCUCACGCUCGUGGUGCUGCUGGGGGUGCUGGGGGCCCUGCUGGUGGCCUUCUUCCUCUACCACGUGGCCUUCCGCCUGGCCUACUUCCCCUUCGUCAACCUGGCGGCGCUGGUCCUGCUCAGCGGCGUGAGCGCCAACCACACCCUGGUCUUCUUCGACCUGUGGCGCCUGAGCAAGAGCCAGCUGCCCUCGGGGGGCCUGGCGCAGCGCGUGGCGCGCACCAUGCACCACUUCGGCUACCUGCUGCUGGUGUCGGGGCUCACCACGGGCGCCGCCUUCUACGCCAGCUACCUGAGCCGCCUGCCGGCCGUGCGCUGCUUCGCGCUCUACAUGGGCACGGCCGUGCUGGCGCACCUGGCGCUCACGCUGGCCUGGCUGCCCGCGGCCGCCGUGCUGCACGAGCGCUACCUGGCCGGCGGCUGCGCCCGGGCGGGCGCGUGGCGGGGCAGCGCCCCCCGGCGGCUGGCGCUGGCGCUGGCGCGGCGGCUGCGCGGGCUGCGGCGGGCGGCGGCCGGCACGUCCCGCCUGCUCUUCCAGCGCCUGCUGCCGUGCGGCGUCAUCAAGUUCCGCUACAUCUGGGUGUGCUGGUUCGCCGCGCUGGCGGCGGGGGGUGCCUACAUCGCGGGCGUCAGCCCCCGCCUGCGGCUGCCCACGCUGCCCCCGCCCCGCGGCCAGGUCUUCCGGCCCAGCCACCCCUUCGAGCGCUUCGACGCCGAGUACCGCCAGCAGUUCCUGUUCGAGCGGCUGCCCCAGGGCGAGGGCGGCCACAUGCCCGUGGUUCUGGUGUGGGGCAUCCUGCCCGUGGACACGGGAGACCCCCUGGACCCCCGCAGCAACACCUCCCUGGUGAGUGACCCGGCCUUCUCGCUCGGCGCGCCCGAGGCGCAGCGCUGGCUGUUGGCGCUGUGCCAGGGAGCCCGGAACCAGAGUUUCUUCGGGGCCCAGCUGGAGGGCCCGGCCACGCUGUGUUUUGUGGAGGCCCUGCAGCGCUGGAUGGACAGCCCCGCGUGCGCCCGCCUGGGGCCCGGCCUCUGCUGUGGCCGCUCGGACUUCCCUUGGGCGCCGCAGCUGUUCCUGCACUGCCUCAAAAUGAUGGCUUUGGAGCAAGGUCCCUCCAGCUCCAGGGACCUGGGGCCCCGCUUCGGUUCCCAGGGCAACCUGGCCGCCCUGGUCCUGCAGUUCCAGACCAACUUCCUGUACAGUGCAGACUACAGCCAGGCGCACCGAUUCUACGGCGAGGUCAGCCGCUGGCUGGCCGCAGAGCUGAGCAGGGCCCCGCCGGGCCUGGGCGGAGGCUGGUUCACCAGCCGCCUGGAGCUGUACAGCCUGCAGCACAGCCUGAGCACCGAGCCCGCCGUGGUCCUGGGCCUGGCCCUGGCGCUGGCCUUCGCCACCCUGCUGCUGGGCACCUGGAAUGUGCCGCUCAGCCUCUUCUCCGUGGCGGCUGUGGCGGGCACGGUCCUGCUCACGGUGGGACUUCUGGUUCUCCUGGAGUGGCAGCUCAACACGGCCGAGGCCCUCUUUCUCUCAGCCUCCGUGGGCCUCUCGGUGGACUUCACUGUCAACUACUGCAUCUCCUACCACCUGUGCCCGCAUCCCGACCGCCUGAGUCGCGUGGCCUUCUCCCUGCGCCAGACCAGCUGUGCCACGGCGGUGGGGGCGGCGGCGCUGUUUGCCGCUGGGGUGCUCAUGCUGCCCGCCACGGUGUUGCUAUACCGCAAGCUGGGCAUUGCGCUCAUGAUGGUCAAGUGCGUCAGCUGUGGCUUUGCCAGCUUCUUCUUCCAGUCCCUCUGCUGUUUCUUCGGUCCCGAGAAGAACUGCGGGCAGAUUCUCUGGCCGUGUGCCCACCUGCCGUGGGACGCUGGGGCCGGGGAGCCGGGUGGGGAGAAGGCCAGCCGCCCUCGCCCAGGACCAGCAGGAGGGGCCCCUGGGACCUGCUCGGAGCAGUACGAGCUGCAGCCCCUGGCCCGGCGCCGGAGCCCCAGCUUUGACACCAGCACUGCCACCAGCAAACUCUCCCACCGGCCCUCGGUGCUCUCUGAGGAUCUGCAGCUGCAUGACGGGCCCUGCUGCCCUCGGCCCCCCCUGGGCCCAGCGUCCCCCAGGGAGCUCUUCCUGGACCACCAGGCCGUGUUCAGCCAGUGCCCGGCCCUGCAGACUUCCUCCCCCUAUAAGCAGGUGGGCCCCAGCCCCCGUACCCGGCUCAGGCUGGACUCCCAGGCCCAGAGGGUCAAGGCCAUGCACGUCUCCCCCCGAGCGCCCGCCCGCGCGUCUCCGCCACCCAAGGCCGUCGAGCCGCCGGAUGGCCUCUGCUCCUCGGCCAGCACCCUGGAGGGGCUCAGCGUCUCAGACGAGACCUGCCUCAGCACCUCGGAGCCCAGCGCCCGCGUGCCUGACUCAGUGGGGGCCUCGCCGGAGGACCUGGACGACACUGAGCAGACGGUCCUGGAGCGGGGCCAGCUGAACAGCAAGCGGGACACGCUAUGGCUGGCGCUGAAGGAGACUGUGUAUGACCCGUCGCUGGCCACCGCCCACCAGAGCAGCACGUCCUGGAAAGGCCGUGGGGGCCCGGGGGACGGCAGCCCUGUGGUGCUGCCCAACAGCCAGCCCGACCUGCCUGAUGUCUGGCUGCGCCGGCCCAGCACACACACUUCAGGCUACAGUAGCUGAGGGAACCCCAGGGCUGGGCAGGGCC